GGCGGGGCUUCCCUUCCCACGUGACGCGGCCGUGUCGCCGCGAGCCAAUAGGAGCGCGCCGAGGCCUCCGGCGGGUGAUCUGUAAGAAAACCACCUUCAAGACUGAUAUUCAGAAACAUAGUCAUAUAUAAUUGGAGGGGUUUUGAAUGCAGUCUGAGUUCAAGAAGUAUGAGGAAGAGACACCUUCUCUGCACUGGGGCAUGGAUCCUGUAUUUUCUGCAUUUGCAAGACUCUAUAUUAAAGAUAUAAAAGAAAUGAGAGAAUCUAAACAAGUGCCAGGUAUAUUCUUCUAUAAUGGACAUCCAGUAAGACAGGUGGAUGUUGUUGGCAUAGUGGUUCAAAGAAAAGAGCGAGAUGCGUUUUUUAAUUAUGGAGUGGAUGAUAGUACUGGUGUUAUAAAUUGUGUGUGCUGGAAAAAUCCCAUGGUACUAGAAACAUCUUUAUCAGGUCGUCCAAGAACACCCAGCAGUCUCACUGUGCUUGAACAGAUGAAGAAACUCCAAGAAAUGGUGAGCCAGAAAACCAGACUGGAGAUUGGAGAUGUUGUCAGGGUCAGAGGUCAGAUCCGAACCUACAGGCAACAAAGAGAAGUUCAAGCUUUGUGUUUUUAUAAAGUGGAUGAUCCUGUGUGUGAUGUUCAGAUUUCAAGAAUGCUGGAGCUCCCAUGUCUCUAUAGAGAAGUUUACGAUAAACCUUUCCAAGGCCCUGAGGAGGGCCAGAGUGGCCUGGAGGGUCAGAAUUUCUCAAUCAAUAUGCUGUAUGAGAAAGUGAAAGGCUUUCUAUUAGAAAACAAAAUUCAGACCUUUUACCAACAGGAGUUGGAAACAAUUGAUUCUCUGGUGUCGCUGGCUGCUGUGCAUCUACCCAGUCCCAGCUGUCAGGAGGUGAAGUCAAAAAAUGACUCCAGUUCCAAAAGGAUUCACAGUGUUUUUAAGGAAGCAAUAAGGAUGCUGCAAGAAAAAGGGGUGGUUUUCCAGAAACCUAGUAGCUCCAAGGACCUAUACCAUGUGACUGACCAUGAUAAGGAGCUGCUUAAAGUGACCCUUGAUGUGAUUAAAGAAGACUGUCGAAAACCCAGGCAUGCUGAAAAAGGCUGCCAUUUCCUUCAUGUCCUGAGUUGCGUUCAGCAGAGCUACAACCCCUCUCUGGCUGAAGUGGUGAUGCACCGUGUCUUAGAACUGCUGGAGAGUAACAGUGAUGUCGUCAGCACUAUGGAAGGAUAUUAUGUGGCAUUUUAAAGAGAGAAGAUAAGAUACAAUCAUUUUGGUCCUUUCAGGAUAAAGGAGAGGAGGAAAGGUUGAGUGACCCUGAAAAGCUGCUAUUAUCUCGUCUGAUCUUUAUGAGGAAGAGAAAAAGUGCAUUCUGAUUCUCCAAAUGCUAUUUUUGUUCAGCUCCAGAGAAGUUGUCCAAGUACUUGUUUUAAUAUUCUUGCUGACUUCUACUCUGUUCCUAGUGAAAAUUGUAUCAAACUGAUUCUGGACAUCCUAAUGUGGCAGGGGUGCUGGAAAAGAAGCUGGGCUGUUUCUCUGCAGUAAGAUGUGACAUGGCCAUCCUCACAUUUAUAUCCAGUGAGCCCUAAAGAAAAGUCACUGCUGAAGAGAGCUGUUUAGAGCAGGAAUCAUGUCAGAACUUGUUUUUCUGGCUUAAAGACUGAUCUUGUGGUCUUCCCAUAUGGUAAUAGCUGUGUAUCUUUCUUUUUGUGUGUACUUCAUAAUAGCUAGAGAAAGAACAUACAGGAUAAUAGCUAGAGAAAAGGCCAUGGAGGCAAACAAUCAAAAGAUUUGCCUGUCCUUUCUGGCAGUGCUGGUGUACCCAUGUCUGUAAAUUUGUAUUCCUGAAAGUGCCCAGCCUUUCUGCUACUAAAGCAGCCUUCACCUUUUUCAGAAAACUAGUAUUCAGAAAUGGGGUCCUGCAUCCCACCCAUCCUGCUACCGUCCUGCUACCUUGCCCACUGCUUGUCAAGCGUGUCUGGAUUCCUGUGGCUACCGUGUGUGCUGCUGAUGUGUAUUGUAGAUUCUGUUCAGACAAGGAUUCUCGAAUCAGCCUUUAUUUUUAAAUUGCUUUCUACAUCACAAAUGGUGAACCAUAAAUCAAAUGCUUUGCAAAAGAAAAUACAAAAGCCGGGAAGACCCACUGUAAUCUCCAUGCUCCUUGUUGCCUUUUGUGUUUUCUAUGCCUUGUCACCUUUGGGGAAAAAUACUAUCCAUAUCUGUGCUUGAAGAGGAACAAUAGACAUUGAUGAAAUAACAUUGGCCUAAAGAAGGUUACCAUGCAAGAUGUUUAAUCUGAAAUAAUCAGAACUCUGUUAUAAGCCACAGUUCCAAAGCCCAGAACUGUUCAUUAUUUAUCCUCAGAGAGGGCUUGCUGCUGCAGGGGCUUGUCUGUUUAAUUUAUUUGUUUAAUUAGUGUUGUGAAGGUGAGACCUUUAACUUGAAAAGAGUAGAAAGGAUUCAAUGUAGCCUUCCUCUUUCCUCUGCACCUUCCCUGUAGCAGCUGAAACAGCAGACUCCCAGGAGGCAUAUGUAAUGGUAAAGCCCUAUAAGGAUUGACAUAGCAGGGAAAAAUAAACCAUAUGCAUGAGGAAAGCCAGUGAGUAGCCCCAUGUGUGCCAGGUCUCUGGUUUAUUGUUGUAUUAUAUGCCUCAUUCCAAGGCCUGGCUGCAGUGAGAUAUAGGCUAAGAGAACGCCAUGACAAAAUAUUUGGCAUUUGCAUUCAGAGUCCUGUGGAAAACUCUGGCCUUAAAGAGAUGGUGCGUUUAUCCAUAGUGGAAAACUAUGUAUGAAUCAUUUUUUUGCUGUAAAUUCUGUACUUGAUGCAGGGCUCAAUAGUUGGUUUCCCUGCAGGCUGCCCUACUCUUGGUGUUGCUGCUCUGCUUUGAGUUGGGUACCAUCUAGUCAGGUUUUAAUGUGGGCCUGAACAGGUGCUGAAAGGAUGUACCUGUGCAGAAGGAAACAGAAAAGGAUUAAAAAAGAAUUGCAGAAGUCUCCCCCCGUUCCCCUCCCUGAAUAUCUCUGGAAAGCAGGGAGAGAAGUCCAGAUUCUGAGUGAAGUGGCACUGAGGGGAAUCACAACUUUAAUUGAUGCCUACAAAAGGGUCUGGUUGGCCACAGGGGUGAUUUGCUUCUCAGAUUCCUGCUCUGAUUACAGAUCAGUUUGAAGUGAUGCUUAAAGACAAAGGCUGUCUGUGGGAAAAGUAGUUUGGAAUAUCGAUUCCUAAAUUCAGACUCACUUCAGGAGUUAACCAUAUGUUACUGCUUGAUUAUGGGCAAGUCGCCUACUUGGCAUGUAUUUGAAGAUAUUUUAAAGGAAAGUAUGUGGUGUCUUGGACCAUAUGGAAGAGCAUGGCAACUAAUUUAAAAGAACACUGCUAGCUCAGUGAGGCAGGUGAUCUUCUCUCUUAGGUUAGAAGAGAGGCAGAUUCUAGUUCUCCUGAGGGUGUCAGCCAAAUGUGUGGGCUGGAUGAGUUUUGGGAGAGAGCCGUAGCAGCCGAGUCUUGGAGGAAAAUAUAGUCUGGAGAUUGUAUUGUUCUUUAGGGCCUCUUAAAAUAGGAUUAUAUCUUUGUUCUUUACAGCUUGGAAAGUCAUACACACAGCAUUUAAUAUUUUCUGUUGCCUUCAACUUUGAUGCUGCCUUACCAGUGUUUUAGAUGCGUUUCUUUAUGUAGAAUCUGCCUAACACCCCUAGCCACCUGUUUUCUAUGCAUUGGAUGUUGAUGCAAACACAAAGUGUCUUCCCUCUCUGUUCUGCCCCUGUUGCAGUUUAAAAGCACUGAUCAACUGUGAAGUGUCAGAGAUGAGAUGAGCAGAAUUAAUCUCAGGAAAGAUGGAUAAGUGACUCUGGAAAGAAUGUGUCCUUGGAAGUGUUUCAGCCAGUCCUUGCUGGUGAUGCUGGGCUCUUGUGAUUGAGGGUGCAUCCUGUUGAAGAUUGUUCCCUAGUAACAGGAAAAAGGGAUUUUUCUCAUUUGAAUUAACUCAGGAAAAUAUGAAUGAGCACAAAGGACCCUGCAGUUUUUACAAGUGUGAAAGGUUAAAGUAAAAUUAACGGAGGAGCCUACAUUUAAGUUACACAGAUUCUAAUUCUGGAAAACUGUAUGGACUAGUUGUACCUUAAGCUUGCAUGCUUUAUUUUUUCCACAGUAGCCACUAAACACAGGCUAAUACUUAGUCUAAUGCAUUCCCUCUCUUGUACCUACAGGGAAUACCAUAUGCAUAUGCCUGUGCAGAAGUACCCCAGCCAGCCGUGGGAGCACAGAGCUCACUGUGGGUUGAUUUACCCAUUUACUCAGUAUCUCUACAGUAUGUUUCUGUGACAGCAGUCUAGACAUAUGCAUAGUAGUAUAAGUCACCUUUAUGUAAGUCCAACUACACACACUAGGGCUUUUACUGCUAAUAAACUGUCUCUCUGUUUAAAGAUCAUAUCCCUAACCAACAGAGUCAUAUCAUGCACACUUGUUAAAAUUCUUGGGCUUAGACCACACCUACACAAUAUUGUGCAGAACGUUCAGUGAAAACACACUUUCUUGUUUUGUCUAAUUUGAAAACUCGUUAGGCAAUACAAUUAUUACUGGUUUGUUAAAGGGCUUUGAAGGUGGCACUUUAAUGUAAAACUGACAAGUGAGAAUUCAUGUUGUACGACUGCUUCAUGGCCAGUUCCAGUUUCCAUAGAAACAGUUAUGGCAGUAAAGGCAGGUAAGUAAAAUGGAUUUUUUAAAAGCAGUCAGCAUUUUUGUGUUACCUUAAAAAGGUAUGUUUUCGUAGAAGUGCAGUGCCUGAGAACAAAAAUUAGCAGUGAAUCUUAAUUUUCUAUUCUAGCAAAAUGUAAGGUGAAUGCUUUUCUGGUGAGGAAAAGAAGGAACAACUCUACCUUCAGCUCCUGCCAUCUGCUUAGGUGAGAGAAGAGAUGAGGUUGCUUCAUGCCUCAGUUUCCCUCCUUUGUAAAUUGGAGAUAACACAGCUCCCUACGUAGAGUAUAAGCAAUUUUCCUUUAUGUUAGUCAUUAAAAGCUCUUGAGAUCUAUUGGUAGGAGCUGUUAGAGAAGAACUCUGUGAAAGUGCAUGAAUGGAUAGACGCUUGAGUGGGACUUAGUUCUAGUCCAAGCCCCUUUUUGCUAACAGCUUUAUCUUUCUCCACCUCUCUUUCCAUGCAUAUUGCUUUGCACACCUUGUCUUUUCACUCUCCAGGUUCUAUGAGGUAAUGAUGGUCUCCCUGGUUUUAUUUGUACCAAAUAUUUUUCCUGGAAUCAUGUUUCCUCUUAUGACUUCUUAAAUAACCUCUUAAAAAUCCAGAUAAAUGAAUUCUGAGUGUUCUUGUUCUCAAAUCUUUGGUUUGUAAAUUUGUACCCAUGAGGGUAUGUAUUUUACACAAGCUACCUGGUAAAUGAAGCUCUUCUUGCAAAGUAAUAAAUGAAAAAUUGAUGGCUACUUGA